UCGCUGUAUGUUGUGUGAGCUUGUGACUGGGCGGAGCAACUUUGACACUGGUCAAGACAGGACCUAUGUGCUGAACUUUCGAGACCGUGAUAAACCAGAUUGGCAUCGGACAGUGAACACAAGGAGAAAACGAAGCGCUGGAACUACACUACCACAACAUUACAUCAAAGCUGCCUUAGUUUUUGACGAAACCUUUCACGCGCCUUUUAAUCUUGAUGAGAAAGCAUUGGAACUGUUUGCGGUAAAUCUCACGACGGCAGUAGAUCAGACGUUCAGAAAGCUUCAUAAUACCAGGAUUGUAUUAGUUGCCAUGGAAACGUGGAUGUCUAAAGAGCACACGAAUGUUUCAUCGCCGCCUCAUCGUAUGGAUAGGUUUCAGGGCUAUGUCACCACCGCUUUGCCAAAACAUCAUCAUAUUGCCUUUUUAAUAAUCUUCAAUUCUUCAGAUAUGGCAAAAUCGAUAACAAACUUUGAUUCGAUUUGCCAACCCAAUCGACCGGCAGUUGGUAUUAUCCAGGUUUCAGAUGUUUCAAAUUUACCGAGGAUAGCAACUCUAAUAUCAAGAGGAAUAGCGACAAGCAUGGGAAUAUUAGACGAUACAGCUGCCUGUCAAUGUGAAUAUAAUAGUUGUGUCAUGAACACAUCAACCAUAAGUGUUACCCCAGGUUUUUCAGACUGUAGCGAGAAAACAUUCCAAACCUCCUAUGAAAGAAGGAAAUAUUGGUGUCUCGAAACUCCGCCAAGAAAUGUCGAGCUGAUAGAAACACCCCUGUGCGGCAAUGGAAUAGUCGAAACUGGAGAAGAAUGCGACUGUGGAAAUGAUACAACUUGCUUAUCCUGUUGUCAAGACUGUGUUUUAAAGGAAGGGGCUAAGUGUGCAGGAGGAACAUGUUGUAAUACACAAUGUCAGCUGUUAUUGGCUGGUACACUCUGUAGAAAACGUAGAGGGCAAUGUGACAUCCCAGAAUAUUGCUCAGGUACAUCUGGGCAUUGUCCCGAAAACUUAGUACUUCACAACGGAGCCCCCUGUGAGAAAAAGGGAAUGUGCUAUGCAGGGUUUUGUUCUGUAAUGCAAGAUCAAUGCUCUCAAUUAUGGGGUGAAGGUAGCAGGUUAGCUGGAAAUACCUGCCCACCAAACAUCACUGCUGAAAUCACUGAAAGAUCACCUAAUCACAGGGAUGCUAAUUGUGGGCUUCUCAAAUGUGACGUAAGGGAUGCGGACAUGACGUCAUUGCAAUCUCGUUCCUUCAUGGAGCUGGCAAGCUGGGAGUCAAAUGAUCCACAGUGCAAAGUGGUUAGCAUAGCCUUAUCUGAUGGAACGAACCGAGGCGCUGUCCCCGAAGGAACGGUCUGUGGUAAAGGCAGAAUCUGUAGAUCGGGCCAGUGUCUUCCAGUUGAAAGACCGUCUUGUCCUAGAGGAACUGCAAGAAAGACCUGCUCAGGAAAUGGAGUGUGUGCUAUCACGGGAGAUUGCAUUUGUUUCUGUGGAUGGAGUGGUGCAUCUUGCUCUGUACGAAACUCAUCCCGAGAAGGAGUAGUCUGCGUACCUCAAUCGGUAUUUGUUACCAGUGACGUCACAACGAACACCGAAGCUACUCCCACAAAAAGUAUUGAUCCAACUGAUGAAGGUCAAGUGCGUGUCUUAACGAGCGCCAUCAUUGGUGGUUGUUUGGCUAUUAUCUUUGUAGUAGCAAUCAUCUUCGGGGCCACUUCGAUAGGAUUCAGGAGAGCAAGAGGAAAAAACAACCAGGCAAGGAGGAUGCAGCAAGUCAAACUAUUUUCGAUGUUCCAACCAACCAAACAGCAGAAGAAGCGAUUGGCAAAGUUCGGUGGGGGCAGGUCACCAUAUAAAGCUGGCGAAUUGGAAGCCUCUACGUCAUCGAUGGGCCCCACAUCGGGGCCCUUAGCGGGUCCCCCUGCCAGCCACUCGGACAAUCAUCAUCAUCAUCAUCACCACCAUCAUCAUCAUCAUCAACCAAAGCAUCAUAAUCACGGGGGCAGUGGUGGUCAACCAGCGGGUCGUAUACAUGGGAAAAAUAAAAAGCAGAAGAAAGUGCAAUUACUGAUCGAUAUGGACACUCAUAAACCAGGCAGAGCUGGUGAUGAAAAGGCAAGGGCGGAGACUAUUAUUUGAACAUAACCCACCGGUCGGACAAGAAGACCAGAAAAACCUUGAUAAGCUAUGAAAUUUGUAUGUGAAUGAGACAUACAUGUAGCAUCGAUCCCACCACGUCACAUGAUACAAGUUGAUCGUCCUGUAACAAAUAAAGAACCGGUAUACAACCUAUUUGUAAAAUAUUUUCAAUCUGUACACUUAAAGGGGUGCUCCAGGCUGAAAAUAUCUAUUUUUCA